AUGAAGAUCAUUGUAUAUUUUUGCAUUUGGGCAGUAGCAUGGGCCAUUCCAGUCCCUCAAAUCAAGCCGUUGGAGAGACAUGCUGUUGACAAAACUGUGAAUUUAAAUCUUCUAGCAAAAUCAAAAGUGCCAAUACAGAAUGCAUUAAAUGCCAAUGAUACCACCAAAGAAAGUGGUGGCCUCAUGCAUGAAAAUGAUCGAGAAAGGCAACAGGAUAUCCAAGAUGGUUACAAAGGAGAGAGAAAUGGUUCUGAGUGGGCAGAGGUGGGAGGGAAAAGUUCUUCUACAGGUUCCGUGUUAGUAAAUGAAAAGGGGAAUACAGAGGAUCUAAAGGGGGGCACAGGAAAACCAAAAACAUACGACCAGGAUGGGAUCCAAGGACAAGAAGACAGCAUCACUGCAAACGGCCUUAGGGGACGAGUAAGCAUCAUCCACGAUGCUGGAGCAGCAAACGGGAGCCAUAUUGAUGGGAUUACUGAGAACAAUUCCCAAAAUGCAGGUGUUGGAAAUAUAAGUCAAAGUGAGGAUGCCACUGUUGUCCAAGAAGAUGGAUAUCAAGUAGCUGGAAGCAGUAAUAGUACAGGUCAGGAGGCGGAAAUCAAUGGGAAUUCCUGUAGAAAUGGGGCUGACACAAGUGAAACAACACCUCAGAGAGACGAGAGAAAUGGGAAUGAGGAGGCAGGGGUAUUGCCAGGGGGGAGUGGAGCUGGAAAUGGAGAAGAUGUUGGUUUGGAUAAUUUUGAAGGAAGUCCUAGUGGGAAUGGAGCAGAUGAAGAUGAAGACAAGGGCUCUGGUGAUGAUGAAGGUAAAGAAAUAGGGAAUGGAGAAAAGGGUAGUGAUACCAGCAAGGGCCAGGAGGGUCAGUCUCAUGGAGAAGAGGAUGAUGAGGAUAAUAGCUUAGGUCAAAAUUCAGUUAGUAGUGAAGAUGAUGGCCCUGGGGACAAAGAAGACGCCCAUGUCAUUGAUGGAGACAACAUCUCCAAGAGUGAGGAAGAUUCUGCCGGUAUUCCAGAAAACAAUGAUAGCCAGAAAACAGAGGAUACUCAAAAACCCAGUCACAGAGAGAACAAAGCUGUGGAAAACAGAAUCACUGAAAAGUCAGAGCCACCUGCUAUUGGGAAGAGCCACAAUAAGGGAAUGGAAAUGGAAAGUCCCAGCAGUGGCCAUAGAAACAAUGUUACCAAAGAAGCUGGGAAAGUGAAUGAAGAUAAAGAGAGUAAAGGCCAACAUGGAAUGAUUGUGGGCAAAGGAAAUGUCAAGAGACAAGGAGAGAUUGACAUUAUACAAGGAGCUGGACAGAAACUGGAAUCUGGAAAUAAGCUUGGACCCAGCAAAACACACAGUGACAGUAACAGUGAUGGAUAUGACAGUUAUGAGUUUGACGGUGAAUCCAUGCAAGGAGAUGAUCCCAACAGCAGUGAUGAGUCUAAUGGCAGUGAUGAUGUCAAUUCUGAAGAUGAUAAUAAUCACAGUAGCCGAGGAGAUACUUCUUAUAACUCUGAUGAAUCAAAUGACAAUGGCAAUGACAGUGGCUCAAAAGGAGAUGAUGAUGGUAGUGAUAACACAUCAGAUGCUAAUGAUAAUGAUAGUGAUGGCAAUGAUAACAAUGGAGGUGAUGACAAUGGCAAAUCAGGCAACAGCAAAGAUACAUCAGACAGCAGUGACAGUGACAGUAAAUCAGAUAGUGACAGUAAUGACAGCAGUGACAGCAGCGACAGCAGUGACAGUAGUGACAGCAGCGACAGCAGUGACAGUAAUGACAGCAGUGACAGCAGUGACAGUGACAGUAAAUCAGACAGUGACAGCAGUGACACUGAUAGCAGUGACAGCAGUGACAGUAGCGAUAGUAGUGACAGCAGUGAUAGUGACAGUAAAUCAGACAGUGACAGUAGUGACAGCAGUGACAGCAAAUCAGACAGUAGCGAUGGUAGCGACAGCAAUAGCAGUGACAGUGACAGUAAAUCAGACAGUGACAGCAGCGACAGCAGUGACAGCAGCGACAGCAGUGACAGUGACAGUAAAUCAGACAGUGACAGCAGCGACAGCAGUGACAGCAGUGACAGCAGCGACAGCAGUGACAGUGACAGUAAAUCAGACAGUGACAGCAGUGACAGUAGUGACAGUAGUGACAGCAGCGACAGCAGUGACAGCAGCGACAGCAGUGACAGUGACAGUAAAUCAGACAGUGACAGCAGCGACAGUAGUGACAGUAGUGACAGCAGCGACAGCAGCGACAGUAGUGACAGCAGUGACAGCAGUGACAGUGACAGUAAAUCAGACAGUGACAGCAGCGACAGCAGUGACAGCAGUGACAGCAGUGACAGCAGCGACAGUAGUGACAGCAGUGACAGCAGCAACAGCAGCGACAGCAGUGACAGCAAAUCAGACAGCAGUGACAGCAGCAAUAGCAGUGACAAUGACAGUAAAUCAGACAGUAGCGACAGUAGUGACAGCAAGUCAGACAGCAGUGACAGCAGUGACAGCAGCGACAGCAGUGACAGCAGUGACAGCAAAUCAGACAGCAGUGACAGCAGCAAUAGCAGUGACAGUGACAGUAAAUCAGACGGUGACAGCAGUGACAGCAGUGACAGUAGUGAUAGUAGUGACAGUAGUGACAGCAGUGACAGCAGCGAUAGCAGCGAUAGUGACAGUAGCGACAGUGACAGUAAAUCAGACAGCGACAGCAGUGACAGCAGCGACAGCAGUGACAGCAGCGACAGUAGUGACAGCAGCGACAGUAGUGACAGCAAUGAUAGCAACACUAAAUCCGACAGCGACAGCAGCGACAGCAGUGACAGCAGCGACAGUAGUGACAGCAGUGACAGCAGCGAUAGUGACAGCAGCGACAGUGACAGUAAAUCAGACAGCGACAGUAGUGACAGCAGUGACAGCAGCGACAGCAGCGACAGUAGUGACAGCAGUGACAGUAGUGACAGCAAUGAUAGCGACACUAAAUCCGACAGUGACAGCAGCGACAGCAGUGACAGCAGUGACAGCAGCAACAGCAGUGACAGCAGCGACAGUAGUGACAGCAGCGACAGCAGCGACAGCAGCGACAGUAGUGACAGCAGUGACAGUAGUGACAGCAGCGACAGUGACAGUAAAUCAGACAGCGACAUUAGUGACAGCAGUGACAGUAGUGACAGCAAUGAUAGCAACACUAAAUCCGACAGUGACAGCAGCGACAGCAGUGACAGCAGCGACAGCAGCGACAGCAGUGACAGUGACAGUAAAUCAGACAGCGACAGUAGUGACAGCAGCGACAGUAAUGACAGCAGUGACAGCAGCGACAGCAGCGACAGCAGCGACAGCAGUGACAGUGACAGUAAAUCAGACAGUGACAGUAGUGACAGCAGCGACAGCAGUGACAGCGACAGCGACACUAAAUCCAACAGUGACAGCAGCGACGGCAGCGACAGCGAGAGCAAGUCUGGUAAUGGCAACAACAAUGGAGGUAGUAGCGACAGUGAUAGUGACAGUGAAGGCAGUGACAGUAAUCACUCAACAAGUGACGAUUAG